UUCUGCAUGACACCUCAUGUGGUGCUGUUGUCAUGUGUAUUACGUCUGCUCCAACUUAACUCAAAAAUGCAGCCUCAAAUAAUUCUCCUGAAGGAAGGAACAGACACAAGCCAGGGUAAAGGGCAGCUUGUGAGCAACAUCAAUGCUUGUUCUGUUGUUGUUGAUGCCAUCAGGACCACACUUGGUCCUAGGGGCAUGGACAAGCUCAUUGUCAAUGCUAAGAGUGAGGCCACCAUCAGUAAUGAUGGUGCCACAAUAUUGAAAGAGAUGAACAUCAUCCAUCCAGCAGCUAAAACACUUGUGGAUAUUGCCAAAUCACAAGAUUCUGAAGUAGGUGAUGGCACCACAACAGUUGUGCUGUUGGCUGGGGAGCUGCUGCGUCAGUGUAAGUCUUUCAUUGAAGACGGCGUCCACCCCCACGCCAUCAUUGCAGCCUUCAGACGUGCCACCGACGAAGCUAUUAAGCUCAUCAACUCCAUUGCUGUCAAGGUGAACAAGGACAACCCUGCGGAGCUGCGCUCCCUGCUGGAGCGAUGUGCCGCGACGUCCCUCAACAGUAAACUCAUCCAUCAACAGAAGGACAUGUUCUCCAAAAUGGUGGUUGAUGCUGUCAUGUCCCUGGACUCGUUACUCCCUUUGGACAUGAUUGGCAUCAAGAAGGUUGCUGGAGGUGCACUUGAGGAUUCUUUCCUGGUUGACGGCGUUGCCUUCCACAAGUCUUUCUCUUAUGCUGGGUUUGAGAUGCAACCCAAAAAGUACAAGAACCCCAAAAUUGCCAUGCUCAAUAUUGAGCUCGAGUUGAAGGCUGAGCGAGAUAAUGCCGAGAUUCGAGUCGACAAUGUCGAGGAGUACCAGCGCAUCGUGGAUACUGAGUGGAAGAUUCUUUAUGAUAAGCUAGAUCUCAUUCACAAAUCUGGGGCUAAAGUUGUGCUCUCAAAACUGCCUAUUGGUGAUGUUGCUACACAAUAUUUUGCUGACAGAGACAUGUUCUGUGCCGGCCGUGUAGAAAUGUCAGAUUUGAAGCGCACCAUGAAGGCCUGUGGUGGUGCCAUCAUGACUACAGCGCACGACCUCGAUGACAAGACACUCGGCACCUGUGAACAAUUUCUUGAGAAACAGGUCGGCAGCAACAGAUACAACUUGUUCACUGGAUGCCCGGGCGCAAAAACCUGCACGCUGGUGUUGCGUGGUGGGUCCUCUCAGUUCCUGGAGGAGACCGAGCGUUCCCUUCAUGACGCCAUCAUGAUCGUGCGCCGUGCCCUCAAGCAUGACUCGGUUGUUGCAGGGGGCGGUGCCAUCGAGCUGGAGAUCAGCAAGCACCUGCGUGACAUGAGCGUCAAGGAGGCAGGGCGUCAGCAGCUGUUCCUGGCCGCCUACGCCAAGGCCCUUGAGAUCAUCCCUAGGCAGCUGUGCGACAACGCCGGCUUCGACUCCACGAAUAUCCUCAACAAACUCCGGGCCAGGCAUGCGGACGCGGGUGGCCGGUGGUACGGCGUUGACAUCCUCAGCGAAGACGUGGCUGACAACAUGGCCGCCUGUGUGUGGGAGCCUGCGCUCGUCAAGCUCAACGCGUUGACGGCCGCGAGCGAGGCCGCUUGUCUCAUACUCUCGGUCGACGAGACGGUCAAGAGCUCACGAGCAGCGCAAGCCGAGUCUGCCCCCAUGAUGGGUAACCCCAUGAUGGGCGGUCACUAGGUUUAUUAGCCUCCCUACUUACCAAGAUGAGAUGUCGACUGCCUUUUCUGAAUUAAAAAUAAGAGAAAACUAUCUCACUACGGAAUUAUUAGGCACACCAUUUAAUUCCUCGAACUAGAAUUUUCAUGUGACUGAUCUUCCGUUUAGGUACUUUCAUUACUUUUUUACGUGUAAUUGCUACUAACCCUCAAAUUCAUUAAUAAUUUCUUUUCAAUGAUUGUCACGAUUAAUGUUUAUUUGGUUACGAAGCUCGUAGUAUGCACUAAUUCUCAUUAAAAGUUUAACAUAAU